GAGCGGGAGGUGGGGCCCGCACGGCGGCUGCGCGGGUCGGUGCCUCCAACUUUCAACUUUUGGGAUUCGUUUCCUCGGGAGGGGUUUUGGGGGGGGCUUUUGGGGGGCCCCCCAAGGCGGGCACAGCUCCCACCCUCCCUCCCGGCGCCGCCCGGGGCUCCGGCCCCGCCCGCACCAUGAUGUCCUGGAUCCUCAGCCGGGUGAUCGGGCUGGUUUUUGGGAUGCUCUACCCGGCCUACGCGUCCUACAAGGCUGUGAAGGCCAAAAACAUCCGGGAAUACGUCCGCUGGAUGAUGUACUGGAUCGUCUUCGCACUCUUCAUGGCCACGGAGACCUUCACUGACCUCCUCAUCUCCUGGUUCCCGUUCUACUACGAGGUGAAGAUGGCCUUUGUGCUCUGGCUGCUGUCCCCGUACACGCGGGGGGCCAGCCUGCUCUACCGCCGCUUCGUGCACCCCACGCUGGCCCGCAAGGAGAAGGACAUCGACACCUUCCUGGUCCGGACCCGGGAACGUGGCUACGAGACGAUGCUGCACUUUGGCAAGAGGGGCCUCAACCUGGCGGCCACCGCCGCCGUCCAGGCGGCCACCAAGAGCCAGGGCGCCCUGGCCGGGCGGCUGCGCAGUUUCAGCAUGCAGGACCUGCGCUGCAUCCCCGACCAGGGCCCUGCGCCCUUCCCGGACCCGCUGUACCUGGAGGAGCAGAGCGGCCGCCGGCUGGGCUGCGGCGCGGCUCCGCCCGCCCGGCGCUACGAGAGCGACACGGAGGAUGAUGAUGAUGAGGAGGAGCUGUGGUCGGACUCGGGGGUGACCCCACAGCCUUCCCCACGCCGGGAUCCCAAACCCCUGUCCCGCAGCCAGAGCCUGCGCUCCCUGAGGAAGACCCCGGGAAAAGAGGGCUCUUCCCGGCUCCUGCGCAGCCGGAUCAGGAGGAAAACGGCCCCCUCGGAGCAGGACAGCUAAAAAUCCCAGGAAACCUCUGCCAAAGAUCCCGGGAAACGCCUGCCAGGAGUCUUUACACAAGUUUGGGGGGGGGGGGUCAGCCCCCCCCAUGCCUGCCUUCGGGGGGGGGGGGGAGGGUCCUGUAUCCUUGGGGAGGGUUCCCUGCAUCCUUGGAGUGGGGCCUUCCCCUGCCUGACACUGUAAAUGCCUUCUGUGACCUCUGUGGUGCCUUGGGGAGGGGGCACCACCUCGCUGUCCCCCCACUCUGCUGCUCCCAGUGCCCCCUCCCAGACCCCCC